GUUCGAGAAAUCGUGGUUUCAUCGUAUGUGGAUCCGGCAAGAGAUAGGCUAGGCCUCCAAAGCAACCGUCCUGUGUGGGAGGUGGCAAACCGACUGGCGCUCGCUUCUUGUGGCACAUCUCUGGAUCAUUCCGAGGGCCUUCAAGAAGCAGAAAGUAGAAUGGCUUCAUCGAAUGAUCCAUGGGUUACGACAACUUCUUUAACGAAUCAUUGUCUGCCCUCGAUCUGCUUGUCUCCUCGAGACGCUUCCUGUGCAUAAACCCAAAGGAUGGGGUCUUUGCGUUGCUGGCACACCCUGCCGUGUAUCUGGAGUCUACCCCUUCCGGAUUUAAGCAUCAUGUUGCCGUCGUUCUCGAGUCUAAAUCACGAGGCCAGAGGGGUGACAUGAUUGCCAAGCAGGUAUCAGAAGCACGCGAAAACAUUUACCGAGAUUUUCUGUCAAUCAUCUCGGAGAAACAGCCUGCAGUUCAUCGCGUGGUCGUUCAACCAAGGGCAAGUUUGGGUUUGGACGAUUUUUGUCAAGCUGCCGGGCUCCCGCGCCUGGUGAAGAAGGGUGGCCAAUCCUCUCCACAAGUAUCUCUGGAAAACGAGAGAGCAAUGAUCUCCGCUUCUCAAGAAUCACAGUCCGAUAAAGUUUCUGAAGGUGAUAGCGAUGACACUAAAACCUAUUACGCAAUUCACGAUAUCAACCAACUCAGAAGACUCGACGAAGUUGAUAACCCUCGCCUGCAUGCGGUAAACCGAGUGCAACCUCUUUCCUUUCUCACCUGCGCAACAAGCAAGAAGGCGGUCAAAGUGGACUACACUCGGUCCCUGGAAUGUUCGUAAUAAUGAGUAAACGGCAUGGAUGUGUCUUGAGAGAAGGAGCGGCGUUCACUUACACAUUGGUCAAUGCUCUGGAUUAACACCUAUAGCCCUAACCCUGUACCAGCAAGGCUAGGGGACAAGAGAAGGCGCUGGAAAGGAAAACGCCACACUAGCCGAGGCUGAGAAAUGCAGCCCGCAGCAUUUCCUCGCGAUCGCGACCGCGACUUUAAGUUUUGCUGGACUAUAU